AUGACGCUAUUCGGAAAUAAGAACUCUCAGCAACAGGGUCAGGGCGGUUACAGCGAGCCAACCGGGGGUCAAGGACAGCCUCGGUCCGACGACCGCGGCGUCGGCUUCGACCAAGGCCAAGGCCAGUAUGCCAGUACAUACGGGCAAGGUCAGGCUGCCCAGACUGGUGUCCAAGGUCAGGAAGGGCAGGGAGGACCGACGGCCUAUGACGGUAACACUGGGAUCGGCCAUCAUCGCGACGGCGGCCAUGGGGGAGUGGGCCACCGUGGCCGUGAAGGUCAAGGUCGCGAGGCGACAUAUGGUAGUGGCCAGAAUGAGGGCUACGGCCACGGUGGGGGAGGUGGCGCAGUCGCCAGUGGUGCAGCUGGCGGUGGUGGCAUCAGCGCCCAGGCAUUGCGCACUCAAGCUGCGCAGCGGGAGCAGGAAGCCCAGCAGUUGCACGCGCGGGGAAACGAGCUCGCUGAGGCUGAACGCCUUGAGCGCGAGGCCGCAAAGCGCAGGGAGCAUGCUGCGGGGCAGGGUCUCUAG